AGAAGUAUAAUUCUAUUGGAUCUAAUGGCUUCAAUAGUGGAUCUGUUAACCACAUAUAAAUGUCUAUGCAUUUGGAGCCUGUGCUGGUUCUGCAAGAAGGUUCUAGAGAAUGACUGCUGUAUACAUAUAAGCUUCAUAGAAGCACGUUUAUGUAACUAGUAAAAGAAAAAAAUAGUGGCAGAGAAAUAGCAUGAAAUAUUCCUGAACUAUGCUUAUUAUGCCAAAACAACUGACCAUUCUUGACUCCAAAUUAAAAAUGUAAUGAUUUAGAUAAUUGCUGAGAUAAACCCAGCAGUAAACAUUUUCUGGAAAUUUUAGGUAUGGCACUGAGUGGAUAUUUAUUUCAGUAAUGCUAAGGACAAAUACUGAACUUUCACUUUCAGCAGAAGUUAAUGGAAAGACUGUGUUCUGGAGCACCAUAACAAGCCUGCACUUUCAAAGCUGGUUUAGAUUACUACCACAUGUCUGUGGAGCAGAGCUCCAAGUGGCCAUCCGGCUGCCUUCCUACCCUCUAAUUUCUUAUCCCAAAAUUGGACAUCUGAGUUGCCGUAUGACAUUGUCCCUGCCUUCCCAGACUAGCACAGUGUGUUCUCACUGUGAUUCUUUCCCCAUUCCAGCUGGCAGAUAACAAUGAAUCAACCUCACUCGGGAGAAUUCAACACAGAGGUGACUUGUUGUGAGACUUGGUGCUUCAGUCUCAUUGCAGCAUUAGGAAAUGCAGAAGCCAAACUUUCUGUUGUGUCCUAAACCCAAACAAAGCUGUCUCAGGGAGAAGUGGAUAUGAUGUCAUUCUGAUUGUGGCACCAAUUUUUUUUCCUUCCAAAAGUAUUUUCUUUGCAGGGCACCCAGUUCAUUUUAUCAUCUCGGACUGCUGGUCCUCAGCCUGCGUUGUCCCUCCGCAGAAAUAGCUGAAAACAUUAGCGUGGUCACACCGCAUUCAUAAGGCAUAAAUCCAUCACCAAGCACAGGGUGCCAGAGUGCGAUGAAUGCACAAAAAUGUGAGGCCUUUAAAGUUUGUGCAAAUUAUGAGGAAAGUUCACUGUCUGUGUAGGAGGUGGAGUACAAGAGAUCUUUGUGUCACCUAUAUUGAAAGCUAUUGGCUCAGACUGUCCCAGCAUGCAUUUCAUCCUGUUGUGAAUGCAACAUUUGUCUGGAUGUGUAGGUCGAAUGCCUUCUAUUAGCCGGCCCCCUCUGCCAUGGGACACCCAGCAGUUCUUUGGCCAGUGCUAACUUUGAGCUUCAGCAACUGGGCCAUACUUUCAAGAUGAGGAAUUGUCAAAUGCGAAGCACCAUUUUUGUGAUAGUGAAAGGAUAUCUUAAGAAUUGUUCCUCAUGGCAGGAGUUGUUGACUGGACAGAUUUGUUGGAACUUUGCUUUGUUUUGGUACUAAAACUCUUGUCUUUAAUUUGUAGUGAAAAACAGAUGGUGGAACGGUUUAUACUUCCUUCAUCAAAACAUAUUGUCAGAUAUGUACCCAGGUUCCUGUCAAAUGGAUACAGUACUCUUUUGGGAUAAGAAAUUGUUUGCGUAGUCAUACUGGCAUGCCAUGGAUCUUGCAUUAAUCUAACAAAGAAGAAACUGUGCUGGUUUCUUAUUUAUAGAGAAUUAUUUACUAUUGAUUGUUCUUAGAGACCUUGGAAGUAGAGUUCACUUGUACAAAUGAUGGCCUCAAUUUCAGGGACUUGGAGUAAACCUGUCCACAAUAUCAGUUCUCUGACAAUUUAAUUGUUUGAGAAAUUAGCUAAGGUACAAGUGAGUGAUCAUUUUUGACCUCAGAGGAGCCUCAUUGUUUGCCAUGUUCCUUUACUGGAAGAAGCGGGGGGCCUACGAGCUGGAGACACUUCCGUCCUCAAUAUUGGGGGCAGAACGCUACUCCUGGUCCUCCUCCCUGGAUGUCAUUCAUGAUCUAUAUGAUGAGAAGGCUGCCCAGGAGGAGGAGUGUGUGGAGUGUCAGCAUCCAGACUGCAGUGAGCGCCGUCGGGCCUCCAAGGUGUGCCAUCAUCCCGACUGCCAGGAUCUGAACAAUAAGAGUCCUCUUCACCUGUGCGAGUCAUGCGACUCCCGCUGCCACUCUGACGAGAGUGACAACAUGCACGUUGACCGUCACCCUCGCUUUGACCUGCAGCCACAGAGUUCCAUCCUGGCCCGGAAUGUGUCUACUCGCUCCUGCCCCCCACGCACCAGCCCUCCUUCUGACCUGGACGAGGAGGAGGAGGGCGGCACCGAGAAAGGGGAGCGUAAGGUAGGACCGAUGAAGAUAAGGAAGAAGCCCCGGAGACGUUACACUGAAGACCCCACAAAGGAGUGCUUCACUCUCAAAUUCGACCUGAACAUUGAUAUAGACACGGAGAUCGUUCCUGCCCUGAAAAAGAAGACACUGAGAGAGGUGCUGGGACCUGUUUUUGAGCGUAAGGGGAUUGAGUUGUCUCGAGUUGAGUUGUUCCUGGACCAGUCCAACACCCCCCUGUUACUCAGCUUUGAGGCCUACCCUUUUGGAGGACACUACAUUAAAGUUAAAGCUCGUCAUGGAGAUGAGCUGAAGGUGGAGAAGGAAGUGAAGGAGUCUCUCACGUUGCCCAAUAUGAAGAUUUCAGCUGGGGGUAGUCCCUACAUCCUCAGUCCCUCCCAGGACAAGGUUGAACAUGGCUCACUUACCCGCCAAGAGAACGUGGACAUACUGGGUCAGGGUCAAGCACGUCGGCGGAAGAACAUGACCGAAUUUCUGGGUGAUGCCAACAUCCCGUCUCCAGACUCCUUGGCCCAGCUCGGUGGCUCUCUUCCGGCCAUCACCCCUUCUGCUUAUGAUAAACACAAGAACCGCAGUUCUAGCCGCUUUAGCGGUUUCUUCUUCCCCUCUUACAAGGAGGUGGACCGUGUGGAGCAGCUCAAUAAUAAACUACAGAUGUACACGUGCCAUGGCUUGCCUAAGGUGCAUCCACAGAUCUCCUUCCACCAUGACUCCUGGGAGGAGGAGGAAGUAGAGCCUGACCUGACACUUGAGGACAGCUGGCAACAGCUGCUGGACAACUCUGAGGCUCUGGGCAGGCGGCAGUUCCACCAGCAAGAGGCGAUAUGGGAACUGUUGCACACUGAAGCCACCUACAUCAAGAAGCUGAAGGUUAUCACUGAUCUUUUCCUGUGCGGCCUGCUAAACCUGCAGGACUGUGGCCUCCUUAACGAAGUGGAACCAGCCAAGCUGUUCAAUAACAUCCAAGACCUGGUGCGAGUACACACAGCGCUGUGGAGUCAGGUCAUGGUGCCGGCGCUGCAAAAAGCUCGCCAAGACCGGAGUCUGCUCGAUCCAACUGAUCUGUUCGAGGGCUUCCAAACUUUUGCAUCCAGGUUCCAGCCAUACCUCCGCUACUGCAUGGAGGAGGAGAGCUGUAUGGAGUACAUGCGCACUCAGUUGAGAGACAACGAGCUCUUCAGGAUCUACAUCACAUGGGCUGAGGGGAACAAGCAGUGCAAUCGGUUGAAGUUGGCUGACAUGCUGGUGAAGCCACACCAGAGACUCACCAAAUACCCCCUGCUACUCAAAACCAUCCUGAAGAAAACAGACGAACCUGCAGCAAAAGCCUCUCUCCUGAGCAUGGUGGCGAGUGUGGAGAGCUUCAUCAACAGUGUGGACUCUCAGAUGCUGCAGAGGCAGGAGCAGCAGAAGCUGGCGGCCAUUUCAGCUCAAGUAGAGAGCUACGAGGCCGUGGAGGGAGGCAGUGAGGAGGUGGAGAGGAUCCUGAAAGAGUUUAGCCACAUUGACCUGAUGGCACCUAUGAUUGACGUCUCGUCAGAGGAGACCAGACAGCUCCACCUAGAGGGUGCGCUACGUAUGAAAGAAGGCAAAGACAGCAGGAUGGAAGUCUAUUGCUUCUUAUUCACCGACCUCCUGCUCAUCACAAAGCCUGUGAAGCGUUUAGAGAAGGUGAAAGUGAUCCGGCAGCCCCUCCUUCUCCAUAAUGUUGUGUGCAAGGAGCUCAAAGACCCAGGUUCUUUUGUUCUCAUCUACCUCAAUGAGUUCAAAAGUGCUGUGGCUGCCUACUCGUUCCAGGCCAACAGCGCCUCCCAGGGGCGAAGCUGGAUUGACACAAUCAGCACUGUGAAGACCCAGCUGCAGCGGCUGCGUUUUGAGGAGUCUGGACGUCACCAGCCUGGACAAAAACCAAGCCUAGAGGAGGAGGAUGGAGGCGAGCAGAGCAGUAACUCCACUGCCAGCUCUCCACGCCUUGGAAAUAAAGGACAACUUAACACAGGGAACUCGGACGGCUCCACAGAGACGCUGUCCGUGAUGGAAACGGAGGAUUCAGGAGCAUGCUCAGAUCUGCAAACCGAUUCUGACACAGUGCCAUCGAGCUCCAGCCUUCCCAGCAGCGUCGAGCUCCAGCCUUCCCAGCAUGCCUCAGAGGGCUCAGAACUUGAGCCAGAGUAUCGCAGUCUGUCCAUGGACAGUGCCUAUGGCACACUUUCCCCUGAGUUGCUGCUGGAUCUGCAAACUCAGACAUCCACCAGUGAGCAGGACAGCACAGAGGAGGAGACUGAAGGAGACAGUGGAGAGGUAGCAGCAGAGGACGAGGAGAAAGAGGAAGAAGAAGAGGAAGAGUCUGAUGACAGGAGCUCAUCAGGCUCUCGAAUCUCAGUAGCAUCCCAUCUGAAACCCAGACGGCGUCCACCGGUGCAGUUUCGCAUGCGCUGUCUCAAGAAGCUGGUAAAUAAGUGUCAUUCAGAGGACAACCUGCUGCAGCGGGUCAAUGGAGAGGACACGCAGAGCACAGGCGAAGACGUCGCACAGAGCUCGGCUGCCCCUAACCAGCUGGGUCUGGAGUGGGCAGAAGGGCUGGCACACAGCAAGAGCCUGACCGAACUAAACCUAGGUAACACAGAAACAUCUCACGAGAGAGAAACAGAGAGAACACAGAGUGAGCGAUUGGGGCACAGCUUGCCGUCCUAUGUGUUCAGGAACACACUGAGGCGGCGUAAGUACAGAAAGGAUAAAAAGAAAGGCAUAAUGGACUGCAGCGGAUCAGACGGAGAUAUUACACCCCCUGGAUCUCAGGAGGGAAAUUGUGGUGCUUCAGAGGAUGAGAUGAGCAGUAGGAAGAUAUCACAGCAGCACAAGAAGCUCACGCUGGCACAGCUACAUAGAAUACGCAACACACUGGUGCUGAACUCCACACUUACAGCCUCGGAAGUGUAGAAACGGCCACUUCGUCACUCCGCCAGCAGCACCACUUUCAGCCUGAUAGGACUGACUUGCUUGCCACAUGAAUGCACUCUAACCAAUGAGCAGAACUCAUGAGCUUUUUGCACUUUUGUAAUAAUACAAGUAGCUUUCAUAAGAGGGGAGCUAAGCUUCAGGAGAAAAAGAUCUUGAGCAAGCUGCGGAACAUGGGAAAAGUUCCAGCCUUGCUCUGGUCCAUUUGUGCACUUGGACCUGAUCAGAAGGGGAAGAAAGGACAGAGGAGUCGAAGGGUUGAAGUAGAGCAUGCGGUUAAAUAAUGGCACCUUGUAUUUCCAGAAAUUUAACUUCACUGUUCAUGUGAGGCCUUUUCAAAAGAGUUAAAAGAAACACAAAUCUCUCAAUCACCAUGUUUUUGUUCAACCUUUACACAUUAUUCUACAAUGGGGAUAUACCUCUGGGGAUAUAUUUGGAGGUGAGUUUCAUUUCAGGUUUGUACCCUCACCCUCCAUUUCAGUCUGUCCACAUGACUUUCUUACAUGGUUCUCUCAAUGCUUAAGAGGCAACCAGUGCUCCUCCAGCUGCCAUAUAUGUGUUAGGAAAACCGAGAAAGCCAUAUGGAGGUCAUACGGAGGCUGUCUAUAUGAGGAAAAAGCAAAACCAAAAAUUAGGCUGUAAUUGCACAAUCCAAAAGUUUGAGUAAUCUGUUAACAGUUCACACAUUCACUGUAUUUCUUUUGGGUGUGUUUGUGUAUGAUGUGUAUGAGUGUAUGAUGUUGACUGUGAACAUGUGAUACCAUCAAGGUUGUUUGUGUGUCUGUGUGUGUGUGUGUGUGUGUGUGUGUGUGUGUGUGUUUGUUUAUGUAAAUUAUGACCUGAAAUACACGCUGAAACCAAAAAUAGCUAUUUGAAUAUAGCAUGAUAAAUGACUUGAGUAGCCACUGAAUAGGCUACAUAAAACACGAGGACCAGUAUUAACAGUAAAGCAGCAGUGAUUGCUUAGUCAGUGUGUGUGUGUGUGCGCGCAUGUUAUAUUCAAUGCGGUCUCAUUAUUUCUGCAAAGUUAAUACUGGAGAGUAGCUUCUUACUCUUUAGUACUAAAAAUAUGAGGUGAACUGAAACUAAGAAGAGAUUGACAGGAUUCCAUACACAAAGCAUUGAAAGUGACAAGAAACCGAAUUGCUUUAUUAAACGUAACGUCACAUGAGUUUUGCUUUAAGACUGAAGAACGUGGUCAGGUUUUGCGUUUUGAAAUAAUUGGGGAAAAAAGUCCUCAUCAGGGCUUUACUCCAGAGCUCUGUAACACUGCAAUAUUGUCUACAUACAUUUCCCACUCAUUUUGGGUGAGUAUCAUAUGGUUUAGUUUAAGGACUAAUGGAGAAUCACCUGAUCACAGAUCAGCACUUAUUAGGAACCACUUUUGGAAUUUUUGGAGCUAAUUCAAGACACUGAACAUAUAACAGGAUUUGGGUUUAGACUGAAUUACCUGGUUUCUGCAAACCUCACAUUAACAUUAGGGUUAUUUAUGAAAAUAAUGAACAAAUGGCCUACAUUUCUUAAUAGUGUUUAAAGGUGUUAAAAUUACAUUCUGCCUAAUUAACUAAACCAAAUCCUUAUAAAUGUACUAUUUGUAAAUUUGCCCAAAAUUAAUAUUGUGCAUUAAAUGUUUACUUCUUAGUUGUUUUUGUUCAUAAUAUUUAUUAAGCUUGCUUUGUUUUUAUAUAUGAAACCUGGUUUGUAAAUGUAUUGUUUAUUUCAUGACUGUAUUUUUUUUGUUGUUUUUUUUUUUUCAGGUUUAAUUUGUUCAAUUGUCAUUUGUUUAAUUAAGAGGUUAAUCUGCUGAGAACCAAAAUAACCUUGUUCCCAGUGUUGGGGAAAUGGUCCUGCGUGUAAUAAAAAGGCAUCUGAUCUUA